AUGGCCCAAAAAUCAGAAAACCGUGAAAUCGAAAAUGUAGCCAGACAAGACAUCCACGAUGCACCACAGAAGAACCAAACAGACUACUCUCGUGUUGAUGGCGAGAUUGCCAAGUAUGCCACAGAUGGUGCUAUUGAGAUCGAUGAAGCUACCAAUAAGCGGUUGAAACGAAUGAUCGAUAAACGAGUCUUGGUAGUGAUGAUGUUUACGUAUCUGCUUCAAACGCUGGAUAAGGGAGCGCUGUCUUUUGCUUCGAUUAUGGGUAUUAAGACUGAUGCGGGUCUCGUGGGGAAUGAGUAUAACUGGUUGACUACUAUCGUUUACAUCGCUAUCCUCACUGUUGAAUAUCCGGAAAAUUGGAUCAUUCAGCGCGUUCCCAUCGGAAAAUGGCUUUCCAUUAAUAUCCUGCUAUGGGGUAUCUGUAUCUGCUUGAUCCCCGCUAUGAAAAACUUCUCCGGCUUGAUUGCUCUUCGUGCAUUCAUGGGUGUGUUCGAGGCAGCAUGCCAGCCGACCUUCGUUGUACUAUCAGCAACAUGGUACAAGAGAGAGGAACAAGCUAGCACAAUCAAUUUCUGGUACAUGAUGAACGGUCUGCAAAAUAUUAUCGGUGGUCUUCUAGCCUUCGGGUUUUCCUUCGUCCCCUCCAGCUCUCCUAUCAAAUCAUGGCAAGCACUUUUCAUGACAUACGGAAUCAUCACGGUGUUCUGGGCGAUAUUCGUCUUCUUCUGGCUCCCCGACUCAAUCAUGCGCGCGAAGUGUUGGAGCGAAGAAAAUAAACAGUUGAUGGUUGAGCGAGUUCGUCAGAACCAGACUGGUCUGCAAAACAGAAUCUUCAGAUGGGAACAAGUUAAAGAUGCGUUCACCGAUCCACAACUCUACGCAUUCGUUUUGAUCCAACUCUUCACUACAAUCCCAUCCGGUGGAAUCGGUGCUUUCGCUAACAUCAUCGUCGCCUCCUUCGGAUUCAGCACCUGGGCGAGUCAACUACUCCUCAUGGUCGUCGGAGCCGUCACAGCUAUCACGAUGAUAUCCUCCGCAUACCUAGACCGCUACUUCAAGCAAACGAUCCUAAUCAUGAUCUCCUCGCUAGUGCCCUGUAUCAUUGGGACAUCGAUCCUAGUCGGGAUCCCAUUUUCCUCGAAUAAGCGAAUCGGAAUGUUAAUCGCCUACUUCAUCUUCUACUCCUUCUUCGCAGUUUCCGCCCUUUCAUUGAGUCUGGUAUCGCGGAACGUGGCUGGACAAACUAAGAAAUCUAUCGUGAUUGCAUGCAACUUCGUAUUUUGGGCUGCUGGAAAUGCUAUCGGCCCACAGAUCUUCCGGUCACAGGAUAGUCCACGGUAUUAUUUGGCCUUUGCUAUUAUUCUGGGAUGUUUUGGACUUUGCAUGUUGGUGCUCAUUGCUUUGAGGGUUUAUUAUAUGGUUCAGAAUCGGAAGCGAGAUGCGAGGAUCACAUCUGGGGAGAUUAUGCCUGAUGUUGAUUUUACCCAUGCGUUUGAGGAUAUGACUGAUCGGGAGAAUCCUCAUUUUAGAUAUAGUUACUAA